GUGCUGUUAGACUUGUUUUGCAGGCGUCAGGAGUGACACAGACGCAGUGGUGUUGGUUGCGCGCAGGUCGUGGAUUGUUAUGUGAAAAUGGGGACGAUUUCUCUCAACUUUUCAGCAUUAUUGCUGCUCUGUGCUGUUGUGCCAGCUUUCAGUGGUGAGCACUCUCUGUAUUACACCUACACGGCUCUCUCUAAACCUCUCAAUCUCCCCGGCAUCUAUGAGUUCACUGCACUGGGCAUGCUCAAUGACCGAGAACUCGACUACUACAGCAGCAAGACUCAGGCUAAGGUUCCUAAACAGAACUGGAUGAGAGAGAAGAUGCCACAGGAUUACUGGGAUAAAGGCACUCAGUCCCGCAAGAGCAAAGAGCAGUGGUUUAAGGUCAACGUGGACAUCCUGAUGGACCGAAUGAGACACAAUAAGUCUGACCUUCAUGUUCUUCAGUGGAGACAUGGCUGUGUGGUUGAUGAAGGUACAGAUGGGAAUAUUAAAUUUGUGAGAGGAGUUGAUGAGUACAGCUACGAUGGGGCUGAGUUCCUCUCCUUCGAUGAGGUAAACUCGAGGUGGAUUGCUCCAGUCACAGCUGCUGAGCCGACCAAAAGGAAAUGGGAUGAUGUGCCCAUCCUUAACCAGUACACCAAGGGCUAUCUGGAGAAAGAGUGUGUGGACUGGCUCAACAAGUUCAUGGAUUACGGAAAAGAAGAGCUGAGAAAAUAUUCUUCACCAGAUGUACAUCUGCUUGCAAAGAAAUCAGUACGUGACCCCGGCAAGUUGACCCUGACCUGCCUGGCCACAGGUUUCUACCCUCCAGAUGUACAGCUGCAUUUGAGGAAGCUCAGAACUUCUCUACCUGAACAUCUGGUAACAUCUUCAGGAGUCAGACCCAAUGGUGAUGGCACCUACCAGCUGAGGAAGAGUGUAGACAUUGUGGAGGAUGACAAAUCACUUUACGAUUGUUAUGUGAACCACAUCACCUUCAAAGAACCAGUAAUUAGAAAGUGUGAUGAAAAAAUUCUAUGCCCAGAUUGUACUGUACCGAAAAUUCAGAGUGGUAUCAUCGGGGGAGUGGUUGGAGUUGUGGUCACACUGGCUGUGGUUGCAGCCGUUAUCUACAUCCUUAAAAAGAAGGGAAUAAUCACUUGGCCAUCUAAGCGUAGCUCCCCAGCAAACAGCACUGAGGAUGUGCCACUUGCAGCAAAUGGACAGGCUCCAGCACCUGCUCCAGCACCUGCUCCAGCACCUGCUCCAGCACCUGCUCCAGCACCUGCUCCAGCACCUGCUCCAGCACCUGCUCCAGAUGUAUCCAUCAACAUUGGUGAAAAGAGUGAAGGUGCUAAAAAAGAUCCUGACAGCGGGAGUGACUCUGGACAAGGCAGCAGUGAUGGAUCAAGAGAGGGAAGCCAGGACGCUAUUAAUGAAAACACCCAACUGCUACCGGCCUCUGGAUCUAAUAAUCCUGUACUCACAUGAAGCACAUGCAGAACCUCCAGCUCACCAUACUGAGGCUUCAGGUGGAGAUGCAGAGAGUGUGUGAAUUUUCUCUCAUCCAAGGCUUUUUUCCAGUCAGUGAUUUAACCUUCAGUGCAACGUUCAAACCUUCAAAGGCAACCAUCAUCCCAUCUAUUACUAUUUUACAUACCUCUGCUUACUCUUCUCUGACACUGAUGUUUGCAGUCAUUUUCUAGCACUUUGCAAAAAAUCUAAAUAUUAGAUAUUAAAAUAUUAGACUUAAAGACGGCAGCAUGUAAUAAUAAGCACUUUUCCCCCUAAAAUCUAAUCGAGCCAAGCAAUUAAGUAUAUGUUUAAUGUAUGUAGCUAAAAUGUUUUUUGUUUGUUUGUUUGUUUGUUUGUUUUUAAACGUGGGCAACAAUAAGCUAAAAGCUCAUCCUUCUUUGAAUAUCCUGACAAUUCUGCAUUCACGUCCAUCAUCCUCAGAUGAUAGCAUCAGUUCCUGCUGGGUGCGAUAACGAAAGUUGCAAAUGUCCGAAUGAAUUAUUUUAUAAACAAAACAUUAAAUUAAAAUAUAAAAUUACAAGUAAAGUAUUAAAUGCAAGAUUCAUGCAUUUCUUAUAACAAAUUGGGCUAGUUUUGCAAAAAAGCUUGUGGGUUGAAAAAGCAAGUCCGCGGGUGGCGUUCCCUAAGACUAGUUUAAAAAUAGUCUGUGGCUGCGAAGAUGAUUUAAAGCAAUAAUUGGAAUUAAAUCUAAUCAAUCAUAGACUAUGACAAACAAAGGUCAAGAGUUACUCCAUGAAAACUGCAGCCAAAUGGUGGCAUGAGGAAGAUAAAAAAGGAAUUUUGAAAAACACGCCCUCCUUUACGCUGACAUUACCGUAAUGGCAUAAUGACUCAAAAAAUAACAUCUCCACUCAAGCAUGAGUUAUGAGGCAUCAGGUUUACUCUGCUGCACAUGUAACAAGGACAGUGAAAGAACAAUGAAUUUAUCAAUAAAAAUUUGAUUUAAAAAAAAAUAGGAAAACAAUUGACCAGUCAAUAAAUAACAUUAACAGAAGUUUGAAAAUAAUCAACAAUUUGGACCAAACUCAAGAUCUGUUAGCUUGAAUAAUUCAAAUGAAUGAAUUUGGCUACGUCCACAUUAAUCUGGACAAAUUUGAAAACGUAGCUUUUUAUCUACGUUUUGGUCUCCGGUCCACACUGAGACGGCGUUUUUGUCCAGCAAAAACUGAGCAAAUGGAAAAAUUCAAAAAAGAUGAUGUAUUUUUAGUCACAUGAUGCAAGAUGGUGGACGAUGUUGUGCUGUAGUUGCAGGAAGAGAGGGAUGAUAAAAAGGCUUACGGCAGAAGCUGAUGUGGUUUUCCCAUUGAAAGACUAGACUAGUAAAAUACUUCUCCAUUUUCCUGAGGCUGAAUUUUUUUUGGGCAGGUUUCUGGUCAUUUUGUGAGAUAUAGUUGGGAAAAUUUUGACGACACCUGGCAACCCUGAUCCUUUCGCAUGCUACUGAAUAAAAGACAAAUCAAUGCAGAACCUCACCAUAGUUUAGGAGAAUGUGAUUUGAUGUAUAAAAGCUUUCAUGCUGGGAGAAGGUCUUCCUUUUAACUCUGACUCAUUACUUCAGUCUGGUGAAGAUUCCCUCCCUUUAAAAUGCAUUAAAACUUUCAGCAUCUGCUUUCUGUUUAAUUUUUUUUUUUUUUUUUUUAAACUACUACUGCUGAUUCACAAUAAUUGUUGAUCAAUGUUCUUUUAAUUAAGCACUGUAUUACAAAUUACAAAGAUCAGGGCUUUAUAGGUAUAGAAUCUACAUAACUGUGUUGUACCUAGAUAACUCCUGUGAAAGAUAUUUAAAAAAGGUGAAUUAUAUAAAAUUGUUCUGUUUAUUAUUCACAUUAUGGCAGUUUAAAUUGUAUAGGUGAACUCCUGUGUACUAUUUCUGUGAUGUAAUGAACAUUAUGCAUGUUUGGUUAUGAUGCUGAAUUUAUUAAAAUAUAUUUUUCCAACAUUAAUACUAUAUUUUGUUCAUUUUGAUUUUCUUUAGCUGUAGCAAUACAGAAACAGCAGUAGAGGAAUAAUCAAGUUCAUAUAUUUAAACAUCAGAUUCAGAAAAUAAAGAGUAAAUCCCAGUAUGUGGGGCUGUUAUGGUAAAAUA